AUGAAGAUCGGUGACGUCAGUGUGUUGAGCAUUUUACCUGCCGCCAAUCUGCUUCAGUUCACCGAAGUCCAGGAAUUGUGCUGUGAAUUUCUGGAGGAGGAACUGGAUAUAUCAAGCUGCUUGGGAAUCCGAGCGCUUGCUGAGACAUAUGCAUGUCGAAAGCUUCUUCAGUGCGCUGACAAAUAUAUCUUGCGUAAUUUUCAGGAAGUCGUUGGCCUUGAUGAGUUUAACUUACUCCCUAUAAAACAACUUCUUGAACUGAUUUCAAAUGAAGAGCUCCAGGUCAGAUCUGAGGAGCAGGUCUUUGCAGCAGUGACUCAAAAUGGAAUUGAAAUAGACUUGCAGACACGAAAGCAGUUCCUUUCGAAGAACUACCACCUUCUAGAUGCAUACAGACAUGAACGACUAAAUAUGCAGGGGCAUCGCUUUCGUCCACGGAAAGUGUUCUCCGGUGAAGUGUUGUACGCUGGAAAUGUCGUCGCUUCUGUGGAACGUCUCGAUCCUGCGGAAGUGAAUCCCGUGUGGAAGCAAGUCGGUUCCAUGAGCAAGCGAAGGUUCACCAUUUCUCUUGAACAGAUACCUUUUUGUCUCAACGAAAUUUCUAGGAAUGGAGCCGGUGUUGUUGUUCUAGACAAACUGCUCUAUGUUGUUGGCGGUUCUGAUGGAGAAGCAUAUCGGAGUAGCUGUGAAAGGUAUUAG